AUGUUCUCCGACUUUACGCACUCGUCGAAUCGAAAAAUUGAUCUUUCUGGCGCCUCGCGACCGGCCUUCGUCCGGGGUCGCCCCACGGCCGGCGGGGCCGGCUCCGGCGCCUGCCGCUCGACCUUGCUCGAGUUCCAGCGCCGAGAGAGACAGUUGCGCGAGCGGCACCGCAAGUCCGUGGACGCAGCUUCGAAGGUCCAGAGGUGUUGGCGGGCGUCUUUCGUUCGCCGGCAAACAAAGGCCGAACACCGGCGAGCCUUCGACGCCGCCGUCACUGCUCUCCUAGCAGAGGCGCCCGACGCGACGGACAGCGCGGCCUCGCGCUGGGAGGCUGUCGCGCAAGGGCCAGCGCCCUGUCCACUCCGCAUUCAGCGGGCGCUGCCUUUCCUCAUCCGGCAGCUUGCAUUCUUCUUCGACCCCGACCAAGAUGGACACGAGGCGAGACAAAGAGGCCUGCCUUCGCCGUCCUCGUCCCCCGAACCAGAGACCCAGGGGGGCUGUCGCGCACGCGUUCAGGAAGCGACUGGGGACGCGAAAAACGCCUCGUUUUCCCCAGGAGCGCGGCUGUGGUUCGCACAAGACGUCGCGCGGCUCGGACUCUUGUGUGAUUGGGUGACGCGUCUCGGACAAGACCACGCGAGGACCGGGCCGUGCGAAGCAUGCGAAGCGCCCGGGGAAAAGACUCCCCUCGAGGUUGAGAUGGAUGAGGCUGCCUCUCGGAACGACGUGGUGUGCCUUUUCUGCCUCGCCUCGGAGGACGCGCGGCGCGCCGUCGACGCCCAAACUCUGUCUCCUCUUGCCGCACCGGCUCGAAAAUCUUCAGCUUCCGGCCCCGGCCCCCUGUCGCAGGCUCCGGUCUCGCGCGUGGCCGCCACAGAGCUGCGCCUCUUGCUCCAGUGCGCCGCGUUGCGGUACCGCGCAGUUCUCUUCAACAGUGAAGCGCCGCCGUCUCUGCUUCCGCCUCGAUUUCUUCUCGCUGAAAAUGCACAAGGAAGCGGAGAUACUCGGCCCACACGCGAAGCGCCAGUCAGUCGCGCACCUGCGUCUUCUCUGUUUGGAGCCGGAGGCAGGCGUGAGCGCGCGGCGCCGGAGAAUCGCGGGGAGGGCGACGUGGACCAGACGAUGCCUCGGCCGCAGCAAGCCCAGACCGCGAGCAGCGACUGUUCCGCCCGAGUCGCAGGCCUCAGCGCGUUCUCUUGGGUGCAUUUGCGGCCUUCGCGAGGGUGGCGAGGCAGCGUCCUCGCCUCGUCGCUGCUGGCUGUCUUGAGAGACACCGCGACGACACGGGAGGAAGAAGCGAAGCAGGGCGGGGGCUCCAGCAGGUUGUCGGGGAAGGCAGAGAGCGCGGAAGAACGCGAGGAGAGACGCGUCGCCGUCGCGAAAGGACCCAGCGCGUGUUCGUUCGAGCCGCCUUUUCUCUUGCUCCCUGCCGGCCUCGUCGAGGGACAGUCUGCUGGCGCACUGGAAGAGACGCGCCAGGAACCCUGGCACUGGGUUCGCACCGUUCGGGACGUCCUCCUGGCUCUCGCUUCUCCGCCUUCACGCGGUGCUCGCCCUGAUGCAGAUGCGCGCCUCGCUUCCGAGAACUCGGCGGGACUGUCGCGCCUCGUGCGCAGCUGGCCACCUGCGCAAGCGCCCCUCGCGGCCAUGCUCGGAGACGCGCUGGCGGAUGUGAUGGCGACGUCGACACGGCGCCCGGACGCGUCGCGCGACGCAAGGCACGUCCUAGACAGUCGCGAGCAAGGCGUUGCGGUGGUCGUCGAGACGUGUUUGCGCGCAUGCAGACACGCAGAUGACAUCAGCGGCGAGGUGGAGUUCCUCGUCCACCUCCUGGGCGUGCCGUGCCUCGUCCCCGUUUUCCAAGCUGCCUCGCCUGCGGCGUCGUGCCCGGCCUUCCCCUCCGCCCUGGCUGCUCCGUGGGUCGCCGUGGGCGCGAACGAGGAGACAAAGCAGUGGCGGAGGCGCGUGCGCUUCCUGACCGGGGUUCUUGGCAACGCGCUGAGUUCCGUCGCGGGCUGCGACGCCCUCCAGGCGCUUCUCCGGACGCGGCAGCUCCUUCCGCCGGAACCGGCCAGGGCGGGUGUCUCGACAGUCUCCGAUGCCGCCCCCCUCGCUCUUCCGGGGGACGGUCUCGGCCGUCAGCCUCGGAAGUGCGAGGACCGGUCGGCGAGCCUGCAGCGGCGAGAGGCGGAUGAGCGGAUUCGCGAGUUGAUGGUGAAGCGCGUGUCCUCAACGACAGGCAAGGCAGAAGCCGGAAACAGAGUGCGCGACGAGGCGCGCAUGCCCGGUGAAGGGUGCGUGGAAAUGGAAGGAGGAAGACCGAGCUCGCUGGUUCUCUGGAUCAUCGGAAACGCCCUCACUCUGCUCCACAACCAGAUCGUCUUUGGCGGCGAAGCACCGGCCUCGCCCGAGUGUCGCGACGGCGGAAUCGGCGCCACGGACCGCCCGAACGGACACCAAGCGGCUCAGAAAACGUUGCUGUGCAUCCUGUGCUGGGCCGGCAGCUUCGCCCACGACGAACUCCUCAGGCAGAGCGUUUUGAGUUCAGAGGAACAGACUGGCCGUGAAUCAGCGAGCUCGGGGAUCGACCCGGCGCUCAGGUCCCAGCUGCGCUUGCUAAUGACCCCCGCAGUGCUUCGCGCCCUCUUCGACUGCGCGGAUGAAGACCCAACAAACAGGCUUCCGCCGCUUCUGCGUCUCUUCUUUCCUCCUUCUCUGUACUCGCCUCCGGCAGUCAGCAGCGCCGAAACCGACGCGGCGUUGGAAGGCGAUUCGGAAGAUCUUUCCGAGAGCGACACGUCCGAGGAGGACGCACCAGCAGUUGACCAAAAGGCGGAGGCGGCAGCGGAUAGCUCAGGACCAGCACUUGGCAUGGACCGGUUGAUUCUCAACGCGUUAGCCAUGAACACUUCCCUCUCUGCUCACCUCCUCCCCGUCAUCCGCCACGUCUUUGACGCAGAAUGUCACGGCGACGUCGACGAGUUCCUCAGACGCCUGGGACAUGCACCCUUUUUCGAGGCGCCUCUCGGCCAAGUGCUUCGUGCGGCGUGCACGCUCCUUCAGUAUCAACUCGAGCUUAUGUACGACUCUGAGUUGGUAGAUGCGUCCCGGUCUGCUUCGCUGCCUGGGUUCCGCGCGACGUCUUCGCCGCUUUCCGGCGCGCCCCUCCUCACGGCCUCAGACAUCCAGUGGUUGUCUCUGACUCUGAACAAGGUCGCCUGGAAGCUGCUGCAGGCGUGCUACACGCCCACUUCCUCGCCCUUCCCCGCUCUCGCCGCUCCGGCUCUCGCCAGUGCGUGGGGCGCGGUGUCUCCGGUGUCUCCGGGCCUUGCGGCGGAGCGCCGGCGGUCGCGGUUGCAGAGGGGCCGGAACGGCCUCGCGGCGUCGCGUUCGUCCUCGCUGCGCAGCGUCCUCAACACACUCGUCCGGCAGCUCUUUGACCGCAACAGCCGCCUCCACUUCCUUCCCGAAACGUCCUGGAUCCUCCCCGACACGAUGCAUCUGCUGAAGAGCAAGGCCUUGCUCCAUCAGCAGGAGCGCCUCGCGCAGCUGGAUGCACCCUUUGCGCCUGCGCGGCCCGAAGAAGGCGCCGCUGAGGGCCUCGAUCGCGUCGCAAACACCGGCGUGAAACACGCCGAGAAAAUCCUCGCAGCCCUCCUCACAGAGCUCCCGCACACGAUGACCUUUGAAGACAGAGUCCUCGUUUUCUACGACAAAAUCAACGCAGACCGACUCCGGUUCCGCGACGCUUUUCACCAGCUGCCUUUCGACCGCAGCCUGCACGAGAUCCGACGGGACUACAUCGUUGAGGAUGGCCUCUUCGCCCUGGGAUACGCCGACGAGCAUGACCUCAAGGGCUUUUUUCGAAUCGAAUUCAUCACGGGCGAGGGCAUCCCCGAGGAAGGCAUUGACGGCGGCGGCCUCUUCAAGGAGUUUCUCGUGCUCCUGUCUCGAAAGGUCUUUGAUCCUGACUACGGACUGUUCAAAGCGUCUACGGACAACUCUCUCUAUCCGAAUCCGAGUGCACACCUCGCGCACUCGCACCCUACGGCGCUUUACAAUGCUCUUGGCAAAGUAGUUGGCAAGGCUUUGUACGAGAAGAUUCUCAUCGAGCCGCAGCUGAACCGCGUCUUUUUGAAUCUGCUUCUGGGGAGACCCAACCAGGUGGACGACGUCCAGGCCCUCGACCCUGUGGUCCACAAAAAUCUACUCUUUCUGAAGCACUACACGGACAACGUCCAAAACCUGGCACUUACCUUCAGCGUCACUCUGGGCGACUUCGGCAGCAACGAGGAAGAAGAUUUGAUUCCCAACGGCGGAAACAUUCCCGUGACCAACGACUCCAAACUUCGGUACAUUCAGGCAGUCGCGCAUUUCAAAUGCACGAAACAGAUCGCGAAGCAAACGCAGGCGUUCCUGAAUGGCCUCUCGCAGGUGAUUCCAGUCAAGUGGCUGAAAAUGUUUAGCCCCGCGGAGCUUCAGUUGCUUAUCUCGGGUAGUCCGUUAGGAUUUGAUGUAGCAGACCUGCGCGCACAUGCGAAUUUCACCGGAGGGUUCGAGGCCUCCUCUCCGACCAUCGGUUGGUUGUGGGAUACGCUGGAGGAAAUGAGUAGCGAGGAGCGGUCAAAGUUCCUCAUGUUUGUCACGUCUUGCUCGCGUCCGCCUCUCUUGGGAUUCCGCAAUCUCCACCCCUCCUUUACAGUCCACAGAGUUCCAGAACGACACCGGCUACCAACGAGCAGCACAUGCGUGAACCUUCUCAAGCUGCCGCCGUACGAGUCCAAAGCGAUUCUCAGGGAGCGGCUCAUGGAAGCUAUUGAAGGCGCUGAGGGGUUCGGGUUGUCUUGA